AUUAAAAAACUUUUCAAGCAGCGACCUGGCAUUCUCCUCAGGGAAAGACUUUGGAGAAAACAGUGGCCUGGCUGUGUACGUAGCGGACGCGAUUGAUGCAAGCGUCAACUGGGAGGACAUCAGAUGGCUCCGAGGGCUGACAUCGCUGCCCAUCGUCAUGAAAGGAAUCCUCAGGGCUGAUGAUGCUAAAGAAGCUGUAAAGAUUGGAGUAAAUGGUAUCCUGGUGUCAAAUCAUGGAGCACGACAGCUUGAUGGGGUCCCUGCCACGAUCGAUGUCUUGCCUGAAAUCGUUGAGGCUGUGGAGGGGAAGGUGGAGGUGUUCCUAGACGGUGGUGUAAGAAAAGGCACAGACGUUCUCAAAGCAUUAGCUCUUGGUGCCAAAGCUGUAUUCAUCGGAAGACCUCUCAUCUGGGGCUUGGUUUACCAAGGUGAAGAAGGAGCAAAAGAAGUUCUCCAGAUGCUGAAGGAAGAAUUUCGCCUGGCAAUGGCUCUGGCAGGAUGCCAGGGAGUAGAAGAUAUUGGCAGGACGCUGGUACGAAGACAACAAGUAUUGUUCUCCAGGAUUUAG